GAGACCCUGGUCCAGAUCACUUGGAAGGCGAACCGCAUUCUUGGCAUGAUCAAUUCUUCGCCGAAGUGGGCCUGGACGAACAAUUAUGCGAACAAGGAGAUGCUGGAGAACCUUCUUGCUCAGCUUGAGGACAACACCAACAGAGUGAUCAACCGUGUCGAGAGGGAGCUGGCCCAGGUGGAGAUGAAGAAGCUGGUCGACCUCGAGCCCAAGAUCACCGCCGUCAAGAAGCACAUGGACAAGCUGCUCAAGAAGCACGAGAUCGAGCUGGCAGAUGCGGAGGACGAGUGA